AUGGUUGGUGCACUUACAGUUUUGAUCCUGGUAUUUUGCUGGGAAAGCUGUGGCGAGACUUCAUUCUGGAGUGGUGAAAGAGCCAUCAUGGCAUCGCCGUUUGAAGCGGGAUCGUACCAAAGCCCGCACCUUGCUGAGAGCAGCUUCGUCCGGCUGGGUAAGACCUACGAAACAGGUCCUGCAGCGGGCCCGACAGCUACUGGCCAGACACCAUUCGUAUUCUGCGAUUUCUGGAGAAAUGGCAGCCAAGGAACCAUGGAGAUGUACCUGCGGAGCUAUGGUCAAGCAUUCCGCACGAUUUUGCGGACAGUGUGGGUCGGAAUGGGCCUACACAGCGACGACGUACACUACACCAUGGCAGCAGAGGCCCGAGGGGACAUGGACGAAACCACCACGAUCCCCGCGGAGGAAAUCACCAAGACGGCCGGCCAGCAAGGGAGCCGGCAAGCACCGAGAUCCAGGAGCCCAACAUCCUUGGAAUCCCAAAGGCCAUGGCAAGAGCCAGGCCAAAGGCGAGGGCAAGCAAGGGGAUGGGAAGGGAAAGCCUUCCUAUGCCGAGGUCGUCAAGCCCACAACGGAAGCACUGGCCAAGCCGCCUACCACAACGAGUGUGACAACACCGAAGCCAUCCACGCCAUCUACUCGUCAACAAGUGUGGAAAGGCAGCAGUUGGAGGCCCUGAUGAAAACGCUGGGCUCCAUGAAGGAGACACUGCCACCCGAGACACUGGAGCUCUACGAGAAGUUCCAGCUCACCUCGGCGCAGGACAAUUCGAAAGAGCUGCACAAGGCGGUGACACUACAGUCCACAUCGCGAAAGCAGCUCAUACAUAUUCGAACAACCAGGUUGGGCUAUUUAGCAGCCUGGCAAGAGUAUUUGGUGUCCUUGACGGACAUCGUGAAGCAGCAGGUCGAGGAGCAGGACAAGCAGCUCCUGGCUUUCGACGAGGCGGAGGUCGAAUGGUCGCAGGCCUUAGAAAGGGCCUCAGCGGACCUUGCCAGAUUGGCAAAUGGUCCACAGUCAGCCGUCAUAGACGUAGAGGAGGACCAGCUCGCCGAGGAGGACGCCAUGAUCGACUCGACCAUUCAGACGGAGACAGAGCUGACUGCGCGUCGCCAACAGCACUCGGCCGAGGCGCAAAAGCUUGUGUCAGCGCUGCAAGAGCUACAGUCCAGUGCAGUGCAACGCUUGGAGCAGGCCACCAAAGCAAGGGACGGCUCGCGGACUCCGCGCCGUCGCAACAGUGGUGGUGGAGAACAAGCAAAGACCAAGGAGGCGGAUCCAGACAAAGCCGGCGGCAAGCAAGCCGGCGCUGGAGGAGUCUCGUUGAUGCCUUUGGGGUUGGACACGUGCCAUACCUACAUGCAGGUCCUCUCUGCUUGGGGCGCAGCAGAGGCACAUGCCCCUCAGGUUCGAGUUUUCCGCAACGGACGUAGGGUCGGUUUCGCAGAUGCUGACAGUGCAGCCGAGACGCGGAGCUCACAACUACCAUUGUGCCGGGCCGAGCUUCAGCUCCUGCAGAGUGCGCGGCUCAAUCCUGGAGCCUGCACCUUCACCUCCCAGUCGCAGCAUGUGCGGCUCACACCCGGAGCCUGCACUGCACCUGUUCAUGCCAUGCAUACCAACAAAGGGAAGCCUUCCUAUCUGCCCCGUCUCCUGGGGCGCAACCACCACGCCAACAGUGAGAUGUACAAGGUCGGUUCCGCGUCGAGCCUUGCAUCUACGCAGCCGCUCGGGACAGGAAAAGGAGGGUCCAAGUCCAAGAUACUUGUUGAUGCACGCCAAGGCUCCCUACCUGAUGCAGACAUGAUGUUCAAGGGCGGUUCCCUGUCGAGCCUUGCAUCAUUGUCUCAUGAGAGGCCACUGCUAUCCCUCAAUAGGUCCGUGCAGUGCCCUGCUAUUGCCCCCGCUGGAGAAAACAAGAGAUCGGCCCCGGGUGGCCCUCCGCUAUUGUCACAGAUCUUUGCACAGCAGGCUGCCCUGAUCCCUAGCUAUUUGGAUUCUGAAAUUGCCAAUCGGCGACCUCAAGAUGUUGCCGCCCUGCAGCCAGCCUCUGGCGAAUCCGCGGCCGAGCCUCGCUAUGAUUUGUUCGACCCUGUCGAUGACCGCCGAUCAAGGCCAGCCAGAACCACCUGGACCAUACAUGAGUAUGCUGUCGAUGCCACCCGUGCCGUUGCCUUCCUUCCCAAAAGCAUUCAAUUUCUUACAAUUCCACUGCCCAGCACCAUGCUCCCGAACAUUGUCGUCUCUCCGGCCAGAGGCGGUGCUGGUUCUCGGGCCAUUCCCUUUGACCUGCGUGAGGGCUGGAUGCUGGGAUCCUGGGUGUCUUUGAUUGCCGGGCGGCUUCAAGAUGUGCCGACUGAGUUGCGUGAACGCACCACCGGGACCACCACCUGGACGCAACCCGUCGGUCCGCCUAUGCUCCUUGGCCAAGUGACCGGCUUUUCGCCAGAUGAGCUCCCGCUGCACCUGCAUACGGUGCAGCUUGUACCUGAAGGUUUGAGGCAGGCCUACAGUUCCAGGGUCCCGGCGGCCCAGCUUCGGCUCUUUGCACAGCUUGACCCUGCAAGUGUUGGCACAAAGCCUGUUUCUUUCUCACUACUCAUGCGUGGCUUCCCACCAGCUCGACUGCAAGGAUUUGACGAACCACAGGUUGUCGUCACAGAGCAGGGUGACUGUGAUGCCCCCGGUGCAUGUGUUAUCCCGGUUGACUUCAGAGGAUUAGGGGGCGAGGUCAUUCCAGUCGUUGCUUCUCCUGGGAUGAACGUUGAGGCUGUGCUCCAGGCUGCAACUGCGUACGUGCCUGUCGCAUCGACUUUGCUGACAGAAUCGGCCGCUGGAGAGCUCUUCAUGCAAGAUGCACAGGGACAGGUCUAUGAUGCACUGCCAGCAUCCCUCCUGCAUCUGCAAUGGUUGGUUUUGCGUCGACGCGCCGAGGCGCCCUUCUUGCAGCCCCUGCUGGAACAGCCACCCACCACUACCACAGUGACCUUUAUGCUCCCUAGCGGGCACGCCGAUCCUCGCACUGUGCAGUUUUUGAUGGUAGGGGAUGGGACCACUGUGCGGCUGACUGAGGUUCCAUAUGCCUUUGCAGACCCGCAGAUCGCGGUUUUGGAGCUACUCAAAGCCUUAACAAGGCUGGGACGCCUGCAAACGGAUUUCACCAUCCAGAUGGCCCCAAUCUUCCCGCGCACGUCGGCGGCGACCCGCUACAUCAUUCCAAUCUUAUAUGUGCCACAAAACCGUCAGGGCACAUCGGACGCCCCAACCAUAACAGUCAUCUACGAUCCUGGAGUUGACGGUACCCAAAUCUAUGCGAUGACCUUGCCUGAAGGGGCGCGUCCUUCCGAGAUUCUCUCGGACGUGCAGAAGCGCAGCGGCGCCCAGAUCUAUGUCAACGACGUUCAUAGCAAUGCCUGCAGCAGGCCCUUGGUGACGGGCGACCUUAUACAGCAACUUGGUGAUGGUCGCUGGCCUGGGGUUGCGCGAAAUGCAGGGCCCUUGCUUGAUGACAUCAGCCGUCUUCGCUGCCUGACUUUCCCCAUAAGUCUGCCAGCCUUGGGUCUGUUCAUCGGCCCUCAAGGUACACUUGUAGCGCCACGUGUUGGAAUACGAUCCAUUGAGGAAAGGCUUGAGGAUGCAUUCGAAAUGCGCUUGGACCAGCUAGGCAGGCCCGCCCGCACAAGCAAGCGCGUCACCGUGUUCCAGCCCAGCAGGGCACCCCACAUUUUCUGGAUCAACACUCCUCUUACGCCAACCGUGUAUGAGGCCUGUGAGCUUCUUGAAACAACAGGCCUCUUCACGUCUGACAUGGUGCUUGUUGAUGUGGCCCCCUCGGUGGAAAUGAGAGGAGCCGAUGCGUUCCUCGCUCUGCCAGCAGAAGUGCCCUAG